AUGCCAAGCGCCGAGCUUUUGGUAACUGUUUUCAAUCUUAAAAACAUCGGGACAAUACUAUUUGAGCAGGAGAGAUAUGUCGCAGCAGAAAUAGUGUACAGAAAGGCACUGAUGGCAUCCGAAGACACGCUGGGGGACGAGCACGAACAAACGAUUUUAAUCAUCGCGAACUUAGCAUACGUGACAGAUAAACUAGACAAGUUGGAAGAGGCAGACAAUUUGUACAACAGAUGUCUAGAGUUGCAACGGAAGAAGUACGGAUGCUAUCAUCAAUCAAUGCUUCCAGUCGCGCGUCGAUGGGCGCUCAUGCUUGCAAGGCAGGCGAAAUUCGUAGAGGCAGAAACUAUCUACAAAGAUGUAAUAAAGGGGUAUAAAAAGACUCCCGGAAAUGAUGAUCAAGGAUUGCUUUGGUUCGAACACAGCCUAGCGUCACUUUUAGUUGGUCAAGGGAGGUAUGAAGAGGCGGAAUUGUUGUGUAGACAGUUACUGUCAAUAUACCAAGAGAAGGACUGGCAUCAAACUGAAGAAGCGUUUUUGGUAAGAGAAACUCUAGUGGAGGUUCUCGCCUACCAAGAAAAGCAUGAUGAGGCAGAUUUUCAGUUCAUGGAGUUGUCACAGCUGUGCCUGGAAAAGUUGCAGGAGGACCAUAAAAAGGUCCAGAGGUUGAUCACUCAUGAACAGUAUGAGGCGGCAGAGGAUGUUUGUCAAGAAGCUCUGUUAGUAUUUAGAGGCAAUUUUGGAAUUGGAGAUGGAGAUUUAGUGCCAUUGUUGCGGGAAUUGGGCAUUGCCCUGGUACAUCAGCAAAAGCUUGAGGAGGCGGAAAAUGCCUUUAGGAAAGCACUGAAAAUAUACGAACAGCCUUCUCAAAAGAUGGACGCAAUCAUGCCAGAUGUCAUGGGAAGGCUGGUCGAUGUACUGGAGAUGCAAGGAAGACUCGAAGAGGUAGAAGAUAUGAGAUUACGGAUGCUAGAGGUACUGGAGAUUCUAGAAGCGUAA